UAUAUAUAUAUAUAUUUUUUUUUGGGAAAUGGACUGUAUCACCCUUAACUAUGCAAAAUUGGCCAAUAUCACGCUCAACUUUCAAGUUGGCUCCCACCACCCUCUAUUCGACAAGUUGGUGUCACUGUCACCCCUUCGUUAAAAAAACACUAAGUCAGUUUUUUAAGCCUAUGUGGCAUUUAGAUGAUGACUAGGAAGCAUACGUGGACAGAAAUUUGAUAUAUCAUCUGUUUAACAUCACUUUAACCAUUUAACCCUAAUUCCCAAACAAUCUCAUCUUCUCCCCAUCAAAUUGCAGACGAAGAUCAAUUGCAGGUAGAGGGUCAUCGCCGUUCUUGCCCUAAUACCUCCUCCCCAUAGUUGUUCUUGCCGUAAUUGCCCAUUGAAACAUUCAGUCAACAUGUCGUCGUCUUCUACCUCUGGUCUAAUUCGAAAACCAAAAGUCUUCAAGGUCGAUUUGGAUGGAAAUGUGUACUGUCAUCAUGACAUUGUUGCUGUUCUUCGAGUAGCUGGUCUUAAAAGUGAAAGACAUGGUGAAGAAUUUUACGGGUGUUCUCACUGGCCUAGAGGGGAUUGCAAAUUCUUCCUCUGGAAAGAAGAUGUUGAUAAGAUGUUCGUUGAACGUUCAUACGGCACCUCAACUCAAGUGACGUUUAAAGACCUGAAGAUAAAGAACCUUAAAUUACACAAUAUGUUGUUAAUAGAAGAGAACAAGAACUUGAAAGCAAUGAGAUUUGACACAAAGACGAAGUCGAAGAAACCAUAUGUGCUAACCUUUGUAAUUGCAAUUGCCAUAUUGUUGUAUUUGUGGAAUUAGUAUUUAUUGAUAAUGAACUG